AUGCUCGUCCUCGCCCUCGUCACGAGCCUCGCCGCCCUCAGCCAGGCGCUGAGCUUCCCCCGCGGCGGCCAACAAGGCUCGUACCGGCCCAACGUGCCGCGGGACCUCGCGGACGGCAUCUACGCCAUGUCCCUCGACGCCCGCGGCAAGGAGGUGCACGCGCGCGUCGUCGGGACGCCCCCGCCCCCGGGCGUCAUCACGUCGGCGCUCUCCCGGUUCGCGAACCCCUCCGUCAACGGCAAGAAGGGCGGCGGCGGCGGCGGCGGCGGCGAUCACCAACGCCGCUCCGCGCAAAACAUGACCAUCUCGGCGUACUGCGCCUGCGACAACCACAUCGACCGCAUCAACGCCACGCAAGCCGUCGACGACCUGGCCAAGCAGCUCGGCAACGGCGUGUGGCUCGAGAAGCAGGCCAUGUACGCCAAGAACGGCGACGUCGUCUCCUUCGUGUACAAGGGCGUCAACCGCACGUGGGCGUCGGGCGCAACCAUGCGCGCCAUGAUCAGCAUCAUCGGCAAGGCGUGCGGCGACGAUGUCGUCGGCGCCGCUCGCUACGACACCUUCGCCGAGGGACAGGCCGGGGCCGUCACGGGCUUGAUGCUGCUGUCCGACUCCCCGCAACCCACGCUCGGCAAGAUCAAGUCAUGCCCCCACUGAAAGACGACCAACCUCAUGGGUGGCUGAUGAGGCGGCUGGAUACCCACGGGGAAGGCAUCCUUUGCCAAGGGGGUGGGAGAAGGGGCGGCGGCACCGCACGGCGGGUCUUCAUGUAUUAUGAGC